AUGAUUUUGAAUAUAGUUUACAUUUUUAGUGUUUUAUUUAUCUUAGGUUUUAUUUGUUUUUCUGUAAAACCUUCACCUAUUUAUGGGGGAUUGUCAUUGGUUGUUAGUGGUGGAGUUGGGUGUGGGAUUAUUUUAGUUUGUGGGGGGUCAUUUUUAGGGUUGUUGGUAUUUUUGGUAUAUUUAGGGGGUAUAAUGGUGGUGUUUGGUUACACAGCCGCUAUAGCAAUAGAGCGAUACCCUGAUACAUGGUUGUCUAGUGGAGUCGUUUGAGGUUCACUGAUUUUGGGGUUUGUAGCUGAGGCUUUGUUCUUGUACGCAUGGGCUAAGCUAGAUGAUAUUGAGAUAGUUGUUGAAUUUUAUAAUAUAGGGAGUUGAGUAGUGUAUGAUGUUGAGGGUGGAAGUGUUGGGUUUUUUAGUGAGGAUCCUGCAGGGGUAGCUGCGAUUUACAGUUAUAAUUAUUGGCUGAUGUUUGUAGCCGGUUGAUCCAUGUUUGUUGGGCUUUUUAUUGCUCUCGAGCUUACUCGAAGA